ACCUAAGAAACCCACACGAGGCCCUGGGCUGGAGGAUGCGGAAAAAGAGUACGUUCUGGAUCCACACCCACCACCGUUAACUUUAGGGACCUGUUCCGAGACGACAGAGAUGUCCCCACGUUUGCCUUACUGCCUUUGAAGCCUGGCCCGUCCCCUUCGGAUCUCAUCACGCUUUAUUCUGCAGAUGCUUUUGAGAACAUCAGUUGGGACAGCAAGUUAAGUAAGCUAGGUCCUUCCCUCCGACCUCCAGACGACGGUCCAGCCUCUCGGCUGGCUUGUGGUGAGAGACGGCGGGAUGGGGCGUGUGACCCGGGGCUUCUGUUUCUAUGUCAUUAGCUCGCUGUUUUAAUUCAUAAAAUUUGGUCAUAUGUCUUAAGGGGUAAGAAAAGAGUCAAAAUCCAUCCCCUAAAACCUCUUCCAAAAAUAUAUCCUCUCAAUACCUUAGCAUACAGUAGGUGAUCUUCCAGUGUUAUCUUCAUGGAGACCUUCCUUCUGGAACCUUCCGUCAUCCUGCUCCCCACUGGACCAGUUGCUCUGUCGGCCCCUUCCUGCAGAUGAGUCCCUUUGUCGUGCUGUGUGUUGGGUCCUCACUGGGGAGAAGCGACCCCCCGUAACUUCUUAAGAAGGAGCGUGCAGGAGACCGCGCGGGAGCUCACAGACGCAAGGGUGUUCUCAUUCCACUCGGAUGCUGGGCUGGGGCUUCUCAGAGGUUUUGACCUGGGAACCUUCAUCGCAGGUUUUGGGAAGAACUGCUGCCUGGUGCCUGUGCUGCUGCAGAUACGUCGGAUGUAAUUCUGGUUCCUGGUCCUUUGGGGGGUCUGUCUCUGCCUCUGUGGCUUCGCAGUGACAGGCCUUGGCGCGAGUCCUUUGUCUGGGCCUUGUGGGGUCCUCUCAAACUAGAAGCGUGGGUUCCCUUCGGGGCGGGGGAAGGCUUUUGGACUAUUUUCUUGAAGAUGGUUACCCUUUUCUUUGUGGAAAUGCGUGUCUUUCGGAUGCCAGCCCUCCUGCACUGAUCAUUCUGUUUUCUUAUUUUCCGGCUCCUGCUCAACCUUGUUUUUCUGCUUGGGGGUCCCCUUCCCGCAGCUCCAGUCUCUCAGCUUUCACGUCUCCACUCUGCUCUGCCUUCAGGAGCUCCCUGCUGUGCUCUGACCCUUCCGGUCACAGCUUCCUGGUCUUGUUUGGUGGGCAUGACGACAGAUGUUUCUGUUCCUAGACGGCCUUGGAGGCGGACGGCUGCGUCCAGUCCACUCACUGGCUGGGGUGGAGGGAGGGGCAGCUGGUGCCCACCACCCCCCAUUCUGCUGAGCUGGGGGCAGUGACUCCCCCAGAGGGAAGGUCCCCACUGGAGUAGGAGCUCCAGGUCUGCUGCAGGUGGACACGCCCUGGCUUCUCAAACACGGCUGACCCAUCAUAAGCAUCUUUUCGCAAGGUCGCACUGGUGGCAGAAACCAGCCACAUUGGACGAAGGCAAUGCUGAAAGGCCGAGGGAGGAGCCCGGCGAGAAAUGAGGAAGGCCUCUGGCUGACGCAUGUGAAAACGCAGAAGCUGGGCCUCUUUGACCCUCCCCCACGGCCCCUGUCUUCAGCCGAGUGGGAGAGAGUGAAGCAGAGGUCGGUCCUGCAAGGCGAUUCCCUGCAGCCCUGCCCCAUAUGCAAAGAAGAAUUCGAACUUCGCCCCCAGGUGCUGCUGUCUUGCUCCCACGUGUUCCACAGGGCAUGCCUUCAAGCUUUCGAAAAGUUCACAAAUAAAAAAACCUGUCCCCUCUGUCGAAAGAACCAGUAUCAAACCCGGGUGAUUCAUGACGGGGCCCGACUCUUCAGAACCCAGUGUGCGACCAGGAUCCAGGCCUCCUGGAGAGGACACGUGGUCAGGACGUGGUACCGGGACCUGAGGAGGAGGGUGCCGCCCACCGACGCCAAGUUGAGGAGGAAGUUCUUUGAGGAAAAGUUCACAGAGAUCAGCCGGCGCCUGCUGCGCUCCUACCACACGGACCUCGAGCAGCUCUUCGCAGACGUCGACCACUGCCUGGCCGUCAACCGCAGCGUCCUGCGGCAGCUGGAGCGGGAGCGGGGCGGCGAGCUCUCCGAGGAGGACUGGGGCAAGAUCCAGACACAGGCGCUGCACCGGGAGACCCGCGAGUGCUCCAUCUGCCUGACCCCGCUCUCGCUCUCGGUCCGCGGCGGCGACGACGGCCACCCUGCCCACCCCUCGCGGGAGACGGUGCUGCUGUCCUGCUCGCACGUGUUUCACCACACGUGCCUCCUCGCUCUGGAGGAGUUCUCCGUGGGGGACAGUCCUUUGCACGCGUGUCCUCUCUGCCGCUCCUGCUACCAAAAGAAGAGGCUUGGCUGUUGAAUUCAUAGUUGGGAAGAAGCGGCCUAACCCGGGGGAGGGGUCUCCCUUGAUUUCGGACGCACUGGGUGAGCCUGGGGGGACGUAGGGCCGUGUGUUCUGUGCUCCAGUGAAAUAAACUCUGGGGAGUUGUACUCGG